UCUUCUUCUUCUCUCUAUCGAAUACGUUCAAACAUUUUCUCCCAAGAAUUCAAAGAAGAAUAAUGGCAUCGGUGUCACCAUUGGCGAAAUAUAAACUAGUGUUCUUAGGAGAUCAAUCUGUUGGUAAAACCAGCAUCAUCACUCGUUUCAUGUAUGAUAAGUUCGACACAACCUACCAGGCUACUAUUGGAAUUGAUUUCUUAUCGAAGACUAUGUAGCUUGAAGAUAGAACUGUGCGUCUACAGUAGCUAUGGGAUACUGCAGGACAAGAAAGAUUCAGGAGUCUGAUACCAAGUUACAUUAGAGAUUCUUCUGUUGCUGUAGUUGUUUAUGAUGUAGCUAAUAGGCUCUCAUUUCUCAACACAUCCAAGUGGAUCGAAGAAGUCCGCACCGAAAGAGCUGGUGAUGUUAUCAUUGUUCUUGUUGGAAACAAGACCGAUCUUGUUGAAAAAAGGCAAGUCUCAAUUGAAGAAGGAGAUAGCAAAGGUCGUGAAUACGGAGUUAUCUUUAUUGAGACAAGCGCGAAAGCAGGAUUCAAUAUUAAGCCUUUGUUUAGAAAAAUAGCUGCGGCUUUACCGGGAAUGGAAUCGUAUUCAAACACUAAAACUGAUGAUAUGGUUGAUGUGAACCUAAAACCGACUUCUAAUUCAUCCCAAGGCGAUCAACAAGGAAGAGGUUGUUCGUGUUGAUCAUGAUCAGAAGAAAGAUAUUAUUAAGAGAUAUAUAUUUGAUAUGAUGAUCAAGAAGAACCUUAAUUAGAGAUCUCAGACUAGUUCCAUCAAGUAUCAUUGUGAUCUGUCCAAAUUGCU